AUGCCGUCGAACAAGAAACUAAUGUCAAAGAUGCGACAGAUUGCUCAGUGGAUUCUAGUGGUGCAUGUGGUUGAAUUUAUAGAAGCGUAUUGCACACCUCGUGAUACAGCUCGCCGUUCACCACAGCGAAGCAGGCGUUCCAGAGAGCCACGCCGCUCCCCCGAUACUACCAAAUGGCGGUACGACUCCCGCCGUUCAAAUUACGACGUUGAUUCUAGUCGACGUUCUUACGACUACGAGAGUCGAAGGUACUACGGAAGAGAGUUCGACGAAGAAUCAGGCAGAAGGGCAGAAUUUGACGCCGGGUCAGCUCGAAGGCGGGCCGACUACGAAUCUGCGAGAAGGACCGACUUUGAUUUGUCGGCUCCAAGUGUUUCACGAAGAAGUCCUGAGAGUGCACCGGAAGGUUCUGUCGAGUCUCCACCGGAGCCGGCACCUUCAGCGUCAUUCAGGCACGAGAAGCAAUCAAGACAUCGGUCUCAGCCAUACUACGAGACUGAAUCAUCCUCAGACGAUAGAUCAACAUCAUCAGAGGAAGAAGAGGAGGAAUUCGGUGAAUUCGAUCCAUUCGCCACAGCACCAUCUUUACAUUCGCCGGACAGUGGGCGUUCAGACCCGCGAUACGCUAACGCACCUCGUAGGAAUCCUAGUCCUUACUACUACGGCGAUCUGUUUAAAACGUCCGCACAACCACCGGCACCAUCUGCCCCCACCAUUUCCACAACAUCGUCAUCCCGUGGCCCGCGAUACAGAAAAUCAGCUAGCUUAGACGCUCCUCACGUUGCACCACGACCUAAUCUGCCUAAAAGAUUUUCAGUCGCUGAAGAUGGUUUUCGCGAAUUAGAGCGGUCGUCAUCUUCGUCCGGUGAGAGCGCGUGGAUGCCGCCGAGGCGCCGCGGGCGCGACGCGGCCGGCUGCGUGUGCGCCGCGCCCGACGAUGUAGAGGACCAUCGUUCUUCUCGUAGCGUCUUUUACGUGCCGGCGCCUUUGCCCCGCUGGCCGCAAGAGAUGACCACCAGACAGAUAUAUGAAACAGCUUUUGACUGUAAAGUUGCACGGUCAGAUGAUGAUCUAGAUGACUUUGACCGAGUCAGUAAUCAUCCAGCUCUUUUGCAUGCAGAGGGCCGAAAAGUUAUAUCGUCAGCAUCGUCUGCAUUUGAUGCGGUCGAGCAUAGUGAACCAGAUUAUAAAGGUCGCCGCAAGGUGACUAUGAAAACUGAUAGUGUUCGGCGAUCUAAAAUUCCCACUAUCCGUCAAAAGAGGGAAAAUGAAAAUAAUGCAUGUGACCUGUCAGAGGAAUUAGAAAAUGUGCACAUUGAUGGAGAUGGAAGAACUGCUUCAGCAUCUCAACUUCCACUUCGCGGCUAUACACCGUCUCCACCAUCAACAGCCCCAUUACCGACUAAAUUUCAGCAAAAAGAUGGAUCCGCCAUGAAUAGUAUUAAAAGCGCCCCGAAUCUACCACAGUCACAACCAGCACAUCCUCGACUUAAGGACUUGAGACUGCCUGUUAAAUCAUUACGUGCUCGGGAUACACCGACAAGCAGUGAAGCUAGUAUGGCUGAUGUAAAAGGCUCUACUGAGUUAGACCUCGGCCAACGACUAAGGGAUUCAAGCCGUGAGUCUCGUGAUGGAGAUGAUGAGGGGGGACAAUCAAAAGACGGUAUUUUUUUAGAGAUUAAGGGUCGACCCACUUCCGAUUCUGAUACACCUGAAUUGAAUCGGUAUACUGGGCCAAAGGGGGUCGGCCCUAUAAUGGAGUUUAAAGGAAGGCCUGGCGUAAUACGUCCGCGUCGUAAAUACUCUAGCACAGAAAGUAUGGCCACGAGCAGCAGUGGAGGCAGUAUGGAGUCACUGCGAAGUAGUAAUAGUGAAGGGGAUAGAAGUAGCAGUAGUUCAGAAAGCCGUCAUUCUUCUUCGCUAAGUUCACACAGCUCUGACUCGGGAAAUGUGCCAUUCACAAAAUCACAUCAUAUGCAACUAUCGGGGUUUGGGCAUCAUCCCGCUAAACUACAUAUUUUAAGUCCUAUAUCUGAUAAAUCAUCACAGGAACCGGCUUCAGAAACAUCCGAUAAUAACAAAAAUAACAACUCACAAAAAGUGUCUCCUGAAGACGUUGAAACUGGAAACGCGACGAUACAAACAACUGUCGAAAUUGUUGCCAAACCUAAACGUCGGGCACUACAAAAUAGAAAUAUUUUAAAUCUAACGUUUCGACACUCUACAACAGGCGACGCAGAAAUUCAAGGCUCUGACAGUGGGAUAUCCAUACAUUCAAGAGAGGGCGUGGAUUCUCGUAAUGCUUUCAUUAACUUUAAAAACAGUAACACUGAAGAGGAACGCAAAGAUGAAGACGUAGAUUUAUCUGAUCUUCCUUUCGACAUGCCAAAGUUGAGAAGACGUCGUGCUGAAGCUGAAGCCGACUUAAGAUCCUUGCCAUUUGAUAUGCCUAAACUACGUAGAAAACUACGAGGACAGUCGCUACAACUCAACAAUGACUUUACAGGAGCUAUCUCAAACGCAUCUUCCAGCCAAAGUGUUCAGGACCUGAACCAAGGAAAUAAACACAAACCCAAUUUGAAUUUAAAUUUCGACAGCGGUAGUGGUGGUUCUAGCAGUUCAAAGGGGUUACAUUUAAAUCUAGGACCGAUAGCUCCACCACGGGAUCUCGUCGAUGCCACUCUUCCACUUGACCGGCAAGGGUGGUACCAUGGGACUUUAUCUCGCGUUGAAGCUGAAACUUUGCUUAGAGAUGCGGAUGAAGGCGCCUUUUUGGUUAGAAAUAGCGAAUCAGCAAAACACGAUUAUUCCCUCAGUUUAAAAUCGACACGUGGUUUCAUGCACAUGCGUAUUUGCCGUAGUACGGAAGGUUACACUCUGGGCGGCGCAGCAACGGCAUUUCCCAAUGUGCCAGCCUUAAUGAGGCAUUAUGUGACUGCGCAGCGUCUGCCAGUGAGAGGUGCGGAACACAUGGCACUGUCCACUCCUCUCCCAGCCGUCCUACUAUAA